AUGGAUGUUGAUUUCGCGGGUCCCCUCACAUAUAAGCUUACCAAGAAAGAAGAAGGCAAGUGCUACAUCCUAAUAUUUACAUGUGCUACAUCCAGAGCCGUGCAUCUGGAGUUGACAAAUACAAAAUCAGCAGAGGAAUUUGAAGUAAAGCUAAACGCCUUCAUCGCAAGGAAGAGCAGACCAAAGUUGAUUGUGUCGGACAAUGGAGGAGCAUGUAAAGCGACAGCGUUAUGGAUCAGAAAGAUAUGUAAAAUUGAACGUCUGCAAGAUUAUUUGGCAAGACAAGAGGUUUGGUGGAGAUUCAGUCUAUCCAUGUCCCCUUGGUGGGGUGGAAUGUACGAACACUUACAUAAGGACAUUAAAAAAGCCCUGUAUAAAGUCCUGGAAAGAUCGACAUUAUUUUUGGACCAGUUACAAGCUAUUGUAAUUAAUAUUGAGAAAAAUGUAAACAAUAGGCCACUGACGUACGUCGAAAGCGAGCAAGAAGAGAAACAAGUGCUCACACCAAAUAAUUUCUGUGGGGACAAAAUGUGCAUACCAUUAUUGACUAAUCAGACACGGAUGAUGGAGAACAAGUCAUGA